CUAAUUGGCUAGCUGCUAGCUCAGAGGGACGCCAUUAGACCGGAGAGAAGCAGCCAUCCGUCUGCGCAGCGUCACCGGGAAGUGUUCCGAGUGUCGACCCGCUCCACUCAACGCCCCACGGACACGUACCGCCGGGAAGCCAGCAGGCCAGCGGAGGACCUGUGCGGUGAUGGCGGCAGCGGCGGGCGGCAGCAGGACGUAUUCGUUUAAGGUGGUGUUACUGGGGGAAGGCUGCGUGGGGAAGACGUCGCUGGUGCUGCGCUACUGCGAGAACAAAUUCAACGACAAACACAUCACCACUCUACAGGCAUCUUUCCUCACAAAGAAGUUGAAUAUCACAGGAAAACGAGUCAAUUUGGCCAUUUGGGACACGGCCGGUCAGGAGCGAUUUCACGCUUUAGGUCCCAUCUACUACAGAGACUCCAACGGAGCUGUGCUCGUCUAUGAUAUCACCGACCAGGACUCCUUCCAGAAGGUGAAGAACUGGGUCAAAGAGUUGAGGAAAAUGUUGGGAAAUGACAUUUGUUUAUGUAUAGUUGGUAAUAAAAUCGAUUUGGACAAAGACAGAAACGUUUCAGUGGAAGAAGCUGAAAGUUAUGCAGAGUCGGUGGGAGCCAAACAUUUCCACACUUCAGCCAAACUCAACAAAGGCAUCGAGGAGCUGUUCCUGGAUCUGUGUAAACGGAUGAUGGAGACCGCUCAGGCCGACGAGCGGCUGAAGGGAAACGGAAGCAGCCAGUCGGCGUCCAGCCGGAGGGGCGUGCAGAUCGUAGACGACGAGCCUCAGGCCACGCCCAGCGGCGGCUGCUGCUCCUCCGGCUAACCGGAGCGUCGCCAUGACAACAUAAACACCCACAAGCCACACUUCUCUGAUCGGCCGCUUUGUACAAACAAUAAUCCUGCGUUUGUCCGGCGCCACCGCAAAGGAGCAUGGGAAGACAUCCAUUUAAUCCCUCCGAAAUAAAGUUCUGUGUUCAGUGAUUUAAUCACGUUUUUAGCACUUUGACUGCAGCUGUUUGUGUUUUUUUUUCUCAUAAAUAAAAGAGAAUAAAUCGCUUUUCAGAAACACAAAUGGGCGCCAAGAGACUCUGCACGCAGUUUUUCUUCUUACUUUGAAUGAUUCCGGGAUGAUUACUACCUUAAACACACACAUGCGGCUUUGUUGACCUGCAGUAGCAACAGUGUGAGCUUUUUAUGAAAGAGAGAAGAAGACAUAAUUGUUGAAAAUGACUAACAUGUUAACUUAGAAAUUUACAACCAGCCUGAAAAGUCAAGUAAUCUAAGAUGUAUUGAAAGAAAAAAAAAACCCUGCUGAUUUACAGUUCCAACAUUUAAAUUCAAACUUCAGUCAUUC